CCGAGCCGCCCACGCAUCCAACGGGCCGCAGCGCGCGCGGCCCCUCCCCACCGCAGCGAUAUAUGGGGAGCGGCACCACGCCGGGCGCAGUAUUGCUGCGCACGUCAGGAGCUCGCCCCACUCUCUACUACAUCCGAUAUUCUGAUCGCAGCCAUGGGAACCCGCAGCAUCGCCCUGGUGCUCCUCGCUGCCGUUCUGCUCCAAACGCUCCUCCCCGCCUCGGCGGCGGAGGGUUUGGUGCGGGUCGCGCUGAAGAAGCAGCCCGUCGACCAGAACAGCCGCGUCGCGGAGCGCCUCUCCGCGGAGGAGAGGCAGCGCCUUCUCGGUGGCGCCAACUCCCUGGGCUCGAGCGGUGAGGGCGACAUCAUCGCGCUUAAGAACUACAUGAACGCGCAGUACUUUGGGGAGAUUGGCGUCGGCACGCCAGCGCAGAAGUUCACCGUCAUCUUCGACACCGGCAGCUCCAAUCUCUGGGUGCCGUCCGCCAAGUGCUACUUCUCGAUCGCUUGCUACUUCCACUCGCGCUACAAGUCAGGGCAGUCAAGCACUUAUAAGAAGAACGGAAAACCUGCUGACAUUCACUAUGGAACUGGUUCAAUUGCUGGUUUUUUCAGUGAGGAUAGUGUUACCUUAGGUGAUCUGGUUGUGAAAGAUCAGGAAUUCAUUGAAGCUACAAAGGAGCCAGGCCUUACUUUCAUGGUUGCAAAAUUUGAUGGUAUUCUUGGUCUAGGCUUUCAGGAAAUAUCUGUUGGCAAUGCAGUUCCAGUGUGGUAUAACAUGAUAAAGCAAGGUCUCAUCAGUGACCCUGUUUUCUCUUUCUGGUUCAACCGACAUGCUGGUGAAGAAGGUGGUGAACUUGUGUUCGGUGGAAUGGAUCCUAACCACUACAAGGGUAAUCAUACAUAUGUCCCAGUCACUCAGAAGGGAUAUUGGCAGUUUAACAUGGGCGAUGUCCUGGUUGAUGGGAAGUCCACUGGGUUUUGUGCUGGCGGGUGUGCCGCAAUUGCAGAUUCUGGAACUUCCUUGCUUGCUGGUCCCACAGCCAUAAUUACUGAAAUCAAUGAAAAGAUUGGUGCUGCUGGUGUAGUGAGCCAGGAGUGCAAGACAGUUGUCUCUCAAUAUGGACAACAGAUCCUAGAUCUGUUGCUGGCUGAGACACAACCAGCGAAGGUCUGUUCUCAGGUUGGUCUGUGCACUUUUGAUGGUAUCCAUGGUGUUAGCGCUGGAAUUCGGAGCGUAGUGGAUGAUGAAGCUGGGAAAUCUAAUGGUGGUCUUCGAAGUGAUCCAAUGUGCAACGCCUGUGAGAUGGCUGUCGUAUGGAUGCAGAACCAACUCGCGCAGAACAAGACCAAGGAGCUCAUCCUGAACUACAUUAAUCAGCUGUGCGACCGUCUCCCUAGUCCCAUGGGAGAAUCAUCUGUGGAUUGUGCCAGUCUUAAGUCCAUGCCUGACAUCGCGUUCACCAUUGGCGGCAAGAAGUUCUCGCUGAAACCUGAGCAGUACAUUCUGAAGGUCGGUGAAGGACCUGCUGCCCAGUGCAUCAGUGGAUUCACAGCUAUGGAUAUCCCGCCUCCUCGUGGCCCCCUCUGGAUUUUGGGUGAUGUUUUCAUGGGAGCGUACCACACUGUCUUCGACUACGACAAGCUGAGGGUUGGCUUCGCGGAGUCUGCCUGAGCGUAGUACCACACUGUUAACGCAUGCGCCAGGAGAAAGCUUUACCCUGUUUUAACUUGCGUAUUUAUCCGGCCGGCGAUGUGUGUACAUAUGCUACUUGUUUAGUGAUGCUUUCCAAGACUCGAGAUAACGCCCGCCUGUUUUAACCUGGCAAGAAUAUUUCUGGAUGUAUUUGCCAUCUUGUACUGAAUUUGUAGCUGUGGACCCGUACGUGGCAUGUCCUUGUUAUGCGUGAGAUAUGACUGACAAGCCUGAUGGUAUACUUUUUUUAGAGAAA